AUGAGAAUCAUUGCAAUCCUUUCGGCCUUUGCGGCCACAACUAUCGCAAUAGUCUGCCCAACUUCCUUCAUUCAACCAUAUGGCGAUUUGCCAAAAAGCCGCAGCUUUGUGCCCCGAGACGUCUUCCAGAUCAGCCGAGUGCGACCCACCGAAUUCUUCGUACCCGACGGCUGGGCCGCUACAACUGCAAGAGACAAAUGCACCGUCUUCAACAUACCCUUUGAUACCGACAAAGCCAGAGGCAAAACCUGCAAUCUCGUCUUCAACUUCCCCAACCAAAAGCAAGCGCCAGGCAUAACCCGCAUGAUCGGUCCAGGGCGCUUCACGUUCUAUCCCUUUGCCCAUAGCGCCCGGAUCCCUCUUCCCAUUGUUACAAACUGGAACAAUAAGCCUCCAAUUAGCAUUACACCCCCGAUUCUCAUGAAGCAGCUUGCUCCCGGCAACAGUUACGUUCUUAGCUCGGGGCCGUGCUUUAUUGGUCGGGAACAAAAGGGAAUGGUGGUGAGGAGCGGUAUGCUAUGCUCUGAGAACACUUUGUUUCAGUUUAAACAGAGCAACUACAAGUGUCCUAUGGGACUCUAUCUGAUCCUUUCGGAACCGGACGGUAGCGAUUAG